ACAGAUACACACACACACACACACACACACACACACACACACACACACACACACACACACACACACACACACACACACACACAGCUCGCUCGCUCGCUGUAAAUCCUUCUAGUCUUUAUAGAGAGCAUGAUACACUAACUAGUGCUGACAAAGUGUUUAUCUGUGGACGCGGAGAAGAGAAGUGAAAAUGACGAGAGACACAGAGAACGUGACAGUACAGAGUGAAGGGGGAUAUCAGCCUGUGGGGGAGGAGGAGGAGACAACUGCACUGCUGGGACAGGAUGCUCAGGUCUCUACAGGUUCCUCCUUCAUGUUCUCCGUGUCUAAUCUGAUGAACGCCAUCAUGGGAAGUGGGAUCCUGGGCUUAGCGUACGCUAUGGCCAACACGGGUGUGGUGGGGUUCAGUAUUUUGUUGUUGCUGGUCUCCAGUUUGGCCGCCUUCUCCAUCCACCUCCUACUCACACUGUGUGACCAGGCAGGUGUGACCUCGUACGAGGGACUGGGAGAGAGAGCCUUCAACAAAGCCGGAAAAGUGAUGGUGGCCUGUACCAUCCUGAUCCAGAACAUUGGUGCCAUGGCUUCGUAUAUGUUCAUCCUGAAGAUGGAGCUUCCUCCGACUAUCAGCAGCUUCCUGAGAGCUGAGCCUUCUGGUGUGUGGUAUGAGAAUGGUGUGGUGUUACUGAUCCUGGUCACUCUGUGUGUAGUUUUUCCUCUCGCCCUGCUGCCCAAAAUUGGUUUCCUGGGUUACAGCAGCAGCUUGUCGUUCCUCUUUAUGCUGUUUUUUACUGUUGUGGUUGUGGUAAAAAAAUGGUCUGUUCCGUGUCCACUGCCCAACAACUCCAGUCUAACUCAGAACUCCUCUGUUUCAGACUGCAGCGCUCGUCUCUUCAUCUUCUCCAGUAAGAGUGCUUAUGCCAUCCCCACUAUGGCGUUCUCCUUUUUGUGUCACACUGCAGUCCUGCCCAUUUACUGUGAGCUCCAGCGACCCACUAAGCGGCGGAUGCAGAACGUGGCUAAUGUGAGCAUCUCUCUUAGCUUCCUGGUCUACCUGGUCUCUGCUCUCUUCGGCUAUCUCACCUUCUACGGUCACGUGGACUCUGAGCUCCUACGUGGAUAUGACAUUUACCUGCCACGUGACGUGUUGGUGAUGUCAGUGCGUCUCGCGAUCCUAUUGGCCGUGCUGUUUACUGUGCCGCUCAUCCAUUUUCCCGCCCGUAAAGCAGUAUUAACUUUACUCAGAGGAGAGAGACAGUUCUCCUGGCUGUCUCACUGUGUCUCCACAUUUGUCCUCCUCCUGAUCAUUGAGCUGUUGGCCAUCUUUGUCCCUGACAUCAGGAAUGUCUUUGGAGUUGUGGGAUCCACUACAUCAACCUGUUUGCUGUUUGUUUAUCCGGGUCUGUUUUAUCUGCGUGUCAGUAACAACCAUAUCAGAUCUGCCACUUCACUUGGGGCUGUUGCUCUCAUGCUGUUUGGUGUGUUUGUGGGUUUGCUGAGUCUGUGUCUCAUCAUCAUUUCCUGGGCUCAGACAUCCUGACCUUGACCAAUCGACCUCUGACCUCCUUCGCACAAUGUUUCAAUGUGUACAUGAUCCUGAUGUGUACAUCUGUAUAUCUGCUGCUAUUAUUUUAACAUUAAUAUCAUACACACACACACACACACACACACACACACACACACACACACACACACACGGCUGAACAUUACAUUCCAAUAUCAAACCCACACAGGUUUAAUGUAUUCACUGUGGAUCACAAAGUACUGUAACUCUGCUCAGAGCCAUUGUUCUCAAGGUUUAUGUACAUCUAAUCAUUUCCUCUGUGUGUGUGUGUGUGUGUAUGUGUGCGUGUGUGUGUGCGUGUGUGUGUUCACUUUGCUGAAUAAUAAAAGGGAAAGGUUGAUUUUUCUAUCA